UGUUAUACAAAAAGUGUGCGACUAGUUGUCCAACUAAAUUUGUUGGAGAGAAAUGCGAUGCAGCUAUUCACCCGGACCUCUCGGACAGCCCAAACACACACACACACAGCUCUGAAAUGUUGAAAUGUUCCAUGGCUGGAUGGAUGCCGCAGUGUCCAUUCACUCUAGAUCAACAACAAGAGUCCAAACACACACUUCAUUCUACAGACUGUGAGAGAUUUCAAGACAUAAACUCCUCGUGGUUAACAGACCAAGAAGACCCCCCACCAGUACAGCCAUCUGUAGUCGCAGACAUGAGGAGUGGAGCAGACUUAGAGUCCUGUCUUGAAGAAUGCUUGUAUACAGACAUGUCAGAAAUUGUGCCCCCUGAAGUGAGACCCAAACCUGCCGUCCCAGCUAAGCCAUCUCAUGUGGCCCCGCCUUCUAGCGUUCCCUUUGUGCCUUCACCCCAAGGAACGGGGGGUGAAGGUCAAGGGUCAGGUCGAGGAUCUGCAUUGUUUGGAUACAUCGGAAUAGACACCAUCAUUGAGCAGAUGCGGAAGAAGACCAUGAAGACAGGCUUUGACUUCAACAUCAUGGUGGUUGGUCAGAGUGGUCUUGGGAAGUCUACUUUAGUGAAUACUCUCUUUAAGUCACAGGUGAGCAGGAGGAGCACAAGCUGGAGUCGUGAUGAGAAGAUCCCAAAGACUGUUGAGAUUAAAUCUGUAUCUCAUGUGAUUGAGGAAGGAGGGGUGAAGAUGAAGUUAACAGUCAUUGACACACCAGGUUUUGGGGACCAAAUCAACAAUGAAAAUUGUUGGGAGCCCAUAUCCAAAUACAUCAAUGAACAAUACGAGAAAUUUUUGAAGGAAGAAGUCAACAUUGCUCGCAAGAAACGCAUCCCUGAUACCAGAGUACACUGCUGCUUGUACUUCAUAUCUCCAACUGGACACUCGCUUCGCCAGUUGGAUAUUGAAUUCAUGAAACAUCUGAGUCGUGUGGUCAACAUCAUUCCUGUCAUUGCCAAGUCAGACACACUCACUCUUGAUGAGAAAACUGAAUUUAAACAGAAGGUGAGGAAGGAGCUGGAAGCGUGUGGGAUUGAGUGUUAUCCACAGAAGGAGUUUGAUGAAGACAUGGAGGAUAAGAGUGAUAAUGAUAAGAUCAGGGAGGCAAUGCCCUUUGCCGUGGUAGGAAGUGAUAAAGAGUACCAGGCCAAUGCCAAACGAAUUUUGGGCAGGAAGACACCCUGGGGAGUGGUGGAGGUUGAAAACCCAAAUCACUGCGAAUUCUCCUUACUUCGUGAUUUCAUGAUUAGGUCUCACCUCCAGGACCUGAAGGAGGUUACUCAUAACAUCCACUACGAGACGUACCGUGCCAAGAGGCUCAACGAUAAUGGAGGUCUACAUCCCAUCUCCUCCUCUGGCCAAGACACACAAGAAAGCAACCUGUGACGAAACAAAUAAGCGGCAUAGUAAGGAUGCGAGAGAAAACCAAGAUUCAUCUUGUAAUAAUUCAGCUGUGCGUGCUCAGAAGAUUUCAUUGCUGUGGAGGUUUUGUCUUUAUUCUCCUUUUAACCCUUUGUGGAACAUGUCAUUAUCUCUUGUUGCACAACCUUUGAAAAUUAGAAAAAGCCUUCCCCAGUUGCUCACUCUGCUGACUUUAGUGAGCGAGUUUGCUCGUGAUAAUCAUGUUCAGGUCUAACAUGAUGGUAAAUAGCCUUGUGCUAUAGCAUUUGUAAUUGGAAAUUGCCCAGUGUUGGCAUAUCACUUGCUCUGUCCUCUACUACUGGAACCUAUACUGCCACUGCAGUCUGCAGCUCAAUGGGCCUUAUUUAUUAAAACAUUUAGCACACUUUUAGUACCUAUGCCAAUUAAACAUACUCAAGUUAUGUGUAAGCCUACUAAAUUUUAACACGCAAGUGUUUUAAUAAGUAUCUCAUUUUCUUUGGCCCUGUAAGAGUACAGCAGUGUUUCUUUAAGUACAUUAGAUUCUCUAGUACUAACUUUUUACCAUUGCUGUGUAUCUCUGCCAAAACAAGUCUCCGAGGACUUUGAAGUGACCACUGAAGCAUAUUCCUACAGAUCAUUCCAAGCAGGUACAGCAGUUUAAAUGCAUGCCAGGAUUUACAGUGGCUAACGUGUUUAAAUAAACUUCAGGAGGAAACUGAAAGAACACCGAUUAAAAAUGAUCAGUGCCUUUAACAAAUCAAGAGUUGUGGUUUUGAGGUUUUUCUUCAAGCACAUUUUCUAUGGACACCCCAUGUUUGUGCGAAUGAGUACGAAAAUUACAAAGCUUUCUCAAAGUUUUGCAUACGGUAAUAGUGAUUUCUGUCUUCAAAUGUGAUGGAAUUUUUAUUUUCAUUUCCCAUGUGUGCCAAUAUAUCCAAUUGUGUGUAUAUGAGUAAUUACUUCUACAUUCCAUCUCACAAUAUCACUUCACAGAACAUUAUAUAUGUAGGAAGUCUACACAUACUGAUCCUAAAUCAGUUGAUCUUUUUCAUAUCACAUUUAAUUAAUGCUGGUGUGGUAUAAUAAAACACCUUUGGACAAUAAUUAUGAAAUAUUAUUUAUAUUGUA